AUUGGUGACUUCAUCAUCAAACAGACCCUCGGCAAGGGAACGUUCAGCAAGGUCUGCAUGGCUGAGCACCGCACGACCAAGCAAAAAUUCGCGCUCAAAUUCAUCAAGCCCAAGUCGCCGCAGGGUGGCAGCCCCGACAAGCACAACAUCCGCGUCGAGCGCGAGAUCAAGCUACUGUCGCUGCUUUACCACCCGCACAUUGUGCGCCUCUACGACGUUGUGCAGACGGCAAAGUUCACCAUGAUCGUGAUGGAGCACAACAGCGGCGGCGAGCUGCUGCAGUACAUCCGCAAGCGCGGGCGACUGCACGAGAAUGAAGCCCGCGUGUUCUUCCGUCAGAUUGUCAGCGCCAUGGACUACACGCACCGCAACUGCAUCAUCCACCGCGACCUGAAGCUGGAGAACGUGAUGCUGGAUAGCGAGAACCGGAUACGCAUUAUCGACUACGGCUUUGCCAACACAUUCAAUUGGGACAAACAGCUCGAAACAUUCUGCGGGUCACCAUUCUACGCUGCGCCCGAGAUGGUCAACGGCAUCAAAUACACUGGACCCGAGGUCGAUAUCUGGAGUAUGGGCGUGAUUCUGUUCUUUAUGCUCUGCGGCCGCACCCCGUUCGAGGGCGAGAACCUGAAGGAGAUCUACGACAAAAUUUCGCGCGGCCGCUUCACCACACCGCCAUUCCUGAGCAAGGACGCCCAGGACCUGCUCCAGCAGAUGCUGACCGUGCGCCCGGCCCAGCGGAUCUCGAUGAAGGGCAUUGUCGAGCACCCCUGGACGAACAAG